UCCCACCCAGGGCUCCGGUGCUGGUGUCAUCUCCGGGCAUCUUGUUCCCUGGGCAUCCCAGUCGCCGAGCAUCCUGCUCUUCAGGCAUCCCAUUCCCCGGAUAUCCCAGUUUCUGGGCAUCCCGCUCUCCGGGCAUCCCAGUCUCCGAGCAUCCUGCUCCCUGAGCAUCCCGCUCUCAGGGCAUCCCAGUCUCCGUGGCGUGGGCUCGCCCGGGCUCCCUUCCUGCCGUUCCCGUCCUGCGCCCGGCGGUGUCGAGGCCCGGCCGGCUCCUGCCUCCGCCUGCCUCCUGCCCGGCGCCUCUCCCGCUCCGGGAGCGCUCCGGAGCCUGCCCUCCUCCCUCCUUCUCCGUCCGCUCCGGCUGGGGCUCAGAGCUUUGCUCGGUGCUGGCGAUCGCUCCGCGCACGCAGAGCCAGAGCCGGUCCCAGCGCUCUCCCCGGGCCGUGGGAAGCCGUCGAGGCCGCCGGAGCAGACGCGAGCCCGGGCGCCUCCGCGGCUCCGGCGUCGUUCUCCGGCAUCCCGCGGCCCGGCCGGCUCGGAGCGCCCGGCUCCGAAGAGGAGCCUCGGCCCUGUCGGCCGCGGUGUUUAUUUACGGGCUAAAUAUAGCCGAGCGGCCGGGCAGGAAGGCGCCGUCCGCGGGGAAGCGGCAGCCGGCGGCGGGCGGCGGAGGCGGAGCGGUGCCGGAAGGCCGGAUCGGCACGCCCCGGGUGCGCGCGGCCGGCUCGCUCCGGGGACAGAGGCCGCCCGCCGCCGGCAUGGCCGGGCGCUCCGAGGAUUACUAUGGCAAGCACGGGACACCGCAGAAAUAUGACCCGACGUUCAAAGGUCCCAUUUAUGACCGGGGCUGCACCGACGUCGUCUGCUGCGUCCUGCUGGUCAUCGCCAUCGUGGGCUACGUCGUCGUGGGCGUUGUGGCCUGGACGCAUGGAGACCCCCGGAAGGUGAUUUACCCCACGGACAGCCGGGGCCAGUUCUGUGGGCAGCAGGGAACCCCCAACGAGAACAAGCCUUUCCUCUUCUACUUCGACAUCGUGAAGUGCGCCAGCCCGCUGGUGCUGCUGGAGCUCCAGUGCCCGACCACGCAGAUCUGCGUGAGCCGCUGUCCGGAUCGGUACCUCACCUACCUGGGUGUCUACAGCACCCACUCUUCCGGAGACCUGGAGUACUACCGGCAGUUCUGCGUCCCGGGCUUCCAGGGCCUGCAGAAGACUCCCAUCCAAGUGCUGAAGGAUAAGGAGUGUCCGGCCAUGCUCAUUCCCAGCACGCCACUGGCUCGCCGGUGCUUCCCCGCCUUGCGGGCCAAGAAAGGCGUCGUCAUGGUCGGGAACGAGACGACCUACGACGACGGCCACGGGCGCCGCCGGAACGUGACGGAGCUGCUGGAAGGGGCCAAAAAAGCAAACGUGGUUCUGGAAGCAAGACAACUGGCCAUGAAGAUCUUUGAAGAUUACACGGUUUCCUGGUACUGGAUAAUAAUAGGCCUGGUGAUCGCCAUGGUGGUCAGCUUCAUCUUCAUCGUCCUGCUGCGCUACCUCGCCGGGAUCAUGGUCUGGGUGAUGAUCGUGAUGGUGAUCCUGGUGCUGGGUUACGGAAUCUUCCACUGUUACCUGGAAUACGCUAAGCUGAAAGGGGAAGCCGGCUCCGACGUCUCCCUGAAGGACCUGGGCUUCCAGACGGACCUCCGCGUCUACCUUCACCUGCGGCAGACCUGGCUGGCCUUCAUGAUCAUCCUGUGCAUCGUGGAGGUGGUGAUCGUGCUGCUGCUCAUCUUCCUCCGCAAGAGGAUCCUCAUCGCCAUCGCGCUCAUCAAGGAGGCCAGCAGGGCCGUCGGGCACAUCAUGAUGUCGCUGCUGUUUCCUCUGUGCACCUUCUUCCUGCUGUGCCUCUGCAUCGCGUACUGGGCCAGCACCGCCGUUUUCCUGUCCACCUCCAACGAGGCCAUCUACAAGGUGUUUAAUGAGACGGCGUGCCAGUUUUCUGGGCAGACCUGCAAACCAGAGACGUUCAACACCAGCAACGUCACCAAGCUGUGCCCGGACGCCCAGUGCCUCUUUGCGUUCUACGGGGGAGAGACGGCCUACCACAAAUACCUCAUCGUCUUCCAGUUCUACAACGUCUUCAUGUUCUUCUGGCUGGCCAACUUUGUGAUCGCGCUGGGCCAGGUCACGCUGGCCGGGGCCUUCGCUUCUUACUACUGGGCCUUCAAGAAGCCCGACGACAUCCCGGCGUUCCCCCUCUUCUCGUCCUUCGGCCGCGCGCUCAGGUACCACACCGGCUCGCUCGCCUUCGGCUCCCUGAUCCUCGCCAUCGUCCAAGUCAUCCGGGUCACUCUGGAAUAUCUGGACCACAGGCUGAAAGCUGCCGAUAACAAGUUUGCCAAGUUCCUCCUGAGCUGUCUGAAGUGCUGCUUCUGGUGCCUGGAAAAAUUCAUCAAAUUCCUGAACAGAAACGCAUACAUCAUGAUUGCUGUCUACGGCACCAACUUUUGCACUUCUGCCAGGAACGCCUUCUUCCUGCUGAUGAGGAACAUCAUUAGGGUGGCCGUUUUAGAUAAAGUCACGGAUUUCCUGUUCUUCCUCGGGAAGCUCCUCAUCGUGGGCAGCGUCGGGAUCCUCGCCUUCUUUUUCUUCACCCACCGAAUAAAACUGGUCCAAGACACGGCACCACCCCUGAAUUACUACUGGGUCCCUAUUCUGACGGUGAUCGUGGGCUCCUAUCUCAUCGCGCACGGGUUCUUCAGCGUCUACGGCAUGUGCGUGGACACACUCUUCCUCUGCUUCUUGGAAGACCUGGAGCGUAACGACGGCUCGACCGAAAAGCCUUACUUCAUGUCGCCCAAUCUGAAAAAACUUCUGAAGAAGUCCAACAAAGGCCAAACGGACGCGUAGAGCCUUGCUUUCCCCUUCCGCGCCUCCUCCUCCCACUCCCACUCUUGGAGCAAAGCUGCAGGGAUCACGUACAGCACUAAGCGCCGUUGGUCCAGCACCAAAAUGCCGUUAACACCACCCAGACUGCAGUCUAACACACCGUGCCUCUGCAGCGGGCAAGGGUUCCCUCGGAGCAGCAGAAAGGUGGUCGGUCUGGGGCAGGUUUUGCCUUUCCCUCACGUGAUUAUCGCUAAGCAUCCGAUUUUAAAUCGCUGCAGCUGCUGAAGGGAGCUGGUUCGCGGGCGCCCGCCGCCGCAGAACCCGUCGAUCGCAGCCCGAAGCCCCUCGGGCCAGAGAGCUCGAAAGCCGAACCGGGGCGACGUUUAGUCUCCAGGGCUGCCAAGCCGACGCCAAAGGAAGUAAAACUGCUAAAUCCAGUUAGACUAGUUUAAAAAGGAAAAAACAGAACAAAACAAAACCAAACCCAGAUGCCACGGCCUUGUCCGUUAAACGUCCCCCGUGUUGAAUCGUCUCUCAGUGCUCGACCAAAUGCAGAGACCAGCAGGCGGGUUCCGGCCGGCGGCUCUAAGCAGUGGGUUUCAGCUUUCUGCGCUUGCAGCCCCCCGAAAGAUUGCCGUGAAGCUGCUGAUCCUCCGCGGGGAACUUGGGCGUGCUGGUAACGGGCUUGCUUUUCUUACUACCUUUUGGAGGCUUCUUAGGGAGCUGUUUUACUGAUGGCAGAUUAGAAAACUAAUUCUUUGGGGGAUAUGUGGAUUAAUGCGCUCGCACGCCUGUACGGCUGGCGAAGGCGGGAAGGAAACCCGUGGCGUUCGGGACCAUGCCAGCUAUGCAGCGGAGCAGCUGGAAGCGCGAGUGGUUGGGUGCAAUCAGGGACGGGCGGGCGGGCGCUCCGUGAAUUUGCCUUUCUAACAGCUUAGAAGCGUGCUUCUGCCAAUUCUCCUGACAAAAAAUCCUGCAUUAGAUAAAAUAAUUUUUUUUAUUGCAAUUUUGCAAUGAAGAGUCCCUAAGAGGCAAAACGCCAUUAGCUAGUUGUGUUUGACAGCGUGAAGGAUUUACGACCCCCCAAUGCAUGGUAAAGGAGUAAUGUAUACAGCCUUUUUCAAUAACCAACUUAAUUAAUAUAGGGUAAUUAAGACAGGGUAAAAACUACAGGUCCCACUGUGGCUAGGAAAGAGGAGGCUUCGCUGGCUGUCAGUCCACAGGACGAACGCCGUUGCGUUUUAUUCUGUCGAACAAUAAACGUGACGAGGGUUACGGCAGAUAAUUUAGCAGCUCCCAGAGCACGCCGGAGGCCCGAGGAAUCGGGAGGCAGUCUGGGGUUGUAUGUAGCUCUUCAUUUUAAAUUAAAAAGUGUGAAAACUCCGUAUUGCAAACGCCUGAAUUUGGUUAGCCACGUGUAACUUUAAUUAGUGCUAAAGGAUAUAUUUUGCUUUUUAUACAUAUUUCUAAUAAUCUUUAGACCCCUAUAGUAUUUUUGUAAGAUACACGAAAUGUUUUCUAUCUGAACUGUUAAAUGUUUUGGGGGUUUGUAUAUUUUGUUUACUAGUUUUUUCCCAUUAGCUUCAGUACUGUAAAGGCCUACGAUGCUACUUCCAGUUAAUCACCUUUGCCGUUGCCAUGCAUGAUGUCUUUCAGUACUGCAUCUGUGACAGAUUUUUAAAUAUAUAUGCUCUUGUGUGUCUAUCAACAUCCUAAAAUUUAAUUUCUGCCUAACUCGCUGCGUUCUUUGGGCUGCGUGCUCCAAACAUCAUGCAUCACAAAGUUACAGUAUCGCUAACUCCUUGCAAAGCUUAUCACAGGUGCAGGCAGAUUUCUACAUUUAUUGGAAAUAAAAUGCAGCAGUUAAUUUAAGCACCUUUUCCCUCAGUGUAACACAACCCUGUGCAUGAGCUAGCGAUAGCUGAUCCAGUGCUAAGCGGGAAGUAAAUCGAAAAAGAACAGGCAUUAAAAAGGAGCCGCCUGCUCCCGGGUCGGGAUCGGCGGUCAGCAGCGAAGCAGAAGCAGUUACAGGAACCUCUUUGGUUUACAGCUGCGCUGGCACCUCCUAGAAAGCGCUUGCAGAGUGUUUUCCGCAGUGUGAUGUUGGUCCUGGGUUUGGGGUUUUUUUCCUUCCCUUCUCUGACAUUUUUGUGUAGGUUUUGGUAUUUUUUUUCCCUAACUGUUUGAAAUUUUUGUGUAGCGGGUGCGUUUCGCUGCUUGCUCCUUGACCUCAGCAAUUGUCUUUUUUUCUGCCAAGACUCUUUGGCUGUGGGAAUGCUGUGCAAAACAGCUGCUCCAGCGGAGGACCAUCAGCACCUCUGGUAUUUACUUACAUAAACACUGAAUAUCCAGUAUAGACGUUUAGGUCAAGAAAUGUAAAGGUUGAAAAAGAGUGUAACUGCGAGGAAAAGCUGUUCUUUUGGCUGGGAUGUGUUGCUGGCCCUGCUGAAUUCUGUGUAAAUUUGUAAAUGGCAGAUCUUCUGCUGAGAGAGUUUGGGGGAAAAAGCUUCACAGAAUCACGCAGGUGAGAAAAGCUCUGUCUGCAUCACUUCUACGCGAUGGCAGGAUUGUGUCCAGCCAGGCUUUACUCGAUGACUUCCACUGUUUCUUUCUGGAACCACGGACAACUGUCCGGCUGAUCGGUACACGUGGGAGCUACAUGUUUUACACCAUCGUCUGUCUUUAAGAACAAUUAAUCUCUUUUCUGCCUUACGUGAUACUUCUUUUGCCCCUGUAAACCAUGCAUGCUCCUCUUUAUUCCCUGAAAUUGGGCAGGAGUGAUCCCGCAGCGGCGAAGCGCCGCUGCCGAGACCUGCAGGGCUGAUGUUCUACAAAAACACUCCUUCCUUUUUUCACGUAUUUCUGAGGCAUUAACUACUUGUACUAUGCACUGGGGCUCCUAUGCAAAUAUGUAACUCUCGCUGGAACGUACGUGUGUUUUUUCCAAUGUCGUACGUGAUAGUUGUGUCGAUGUCAGCAUUCCAACCACAAAUAAAGUGCCUACUUAGACCUCA